AUGGGUAAUGGAAACUCGACAGAUGUUGGCGAUAAUUAUAAUCUUAUCAGCACCAUUCGGCGUAAUAGUAAAAAGCCUUACACACAACAAGAAUUUCUUUUUGUCGACGGCAGAAGAUUUCAUAACGAAAAUGAUGCAAGCUACGUUCUUCCAAAUGAUGAUAAGGAAGUCGAUAGAUUACAAAUGCAGCAUUACCUAAUGAAACAUGUGUGGGGUAGUAAUUUCUCUUCUCCUAUCGAAACAAAAUUAAAACAACAUGGAUCUAGGGUCCUAGAUGUCGGAUGCGGGACAGGGAUUGUUUCACUUGAUAUGGCACAUACAUUCCUUAAUUGUGAAUUCAUUGGAAUCGACAUCUCGCCAAUUUAUCCAUCCGAAAUCAAACCUUCAAACGUUAAGUUCCAAAAAGAAGCAGGAAUAGGAACAUUAAAUCAAGGUCCAGCACAGAAAUUACUCAUGGAUGCCGUCAAGAAACUUGUUAAUUCCAAUAAUUUAGUCUUUGGGGUAGAUAUUUAUCAAAAGAAUUUUGAGAAUCAUCCAGGUUUAAUAGAUGUUAAAUUAGAGAAACGCGAGUGUCUAUUGGGAAAAUCGGGCGGUAAACUUGGCGAAGUGGUUAGUAGUAAUUAA